AUUAUUAUUCAGGGUAAUACCUCAGCCGAAGCUGCCCUAUGGCAAGAGUAUACAGCGCCAGAUGGUCGGAAAUAUUACUACAAUACGCAAACGCAGGAGACGACGUGGGAUAAGCCGAAGUGUCUAGAGCCAGCGUCAGAGUCGUCAACGUCCUCGACGACGGCAACAUCGAAUGCUGCUGGAGAUAGUGGAGGGUCUGGCUCGGGUGGAGGACAGGUACCGCAGUUUACUGAUGCACAACGUGAGGCAGCAACCCUGGCACAGCAAACGGUUCAAGCGCAAUUAGCUGCAGCGAAAGCAGCUCAAGUGGAAGCAAAGAAAAAGGAAGGCGAAGAGCAGAAGGCAACAGCCCAGAAGCAGCAACAGGCCGAUAAAUCGCGGCCGGUUAGCAGCAAUCCCGUGGCGAAUACACCCUGGUGUGUGGUGUGGACGGGCGAUCAUAAGGUGUUCUUCUAUAAUCCGUCGACACGAACUUCGGUUUGGGAACGUCCACCAGAGCUUUACAAUAGGCCCGAUGUUGAUUUAUUGGUGUCGAAACCACCAGAGGAGAAGAAACCACCACCUGCAGCACCCUCGAGCACGGAAUCGCAGCAAGAGCAAGAAAAGCAGACAGAGAAAGAACUGGAAAAAGAGGAAGAGAAGAUGGAUAUUGAAGAGGAGAAGACGACAAAGACAAGUUCGGACAUGGAAGAGAGUGGCGAAGACGAGAGUAGUACAGGCGGCGGUGGUGGUGGUGGCGGUGCUCCACCGGCCAAAAAAAGCAGAAAAGAGAAGAAAUUGUGA